CCAAACCCACUCCCCCACCCCACCCCCGGCUCCACACACAGCAGUCCGCAGUUUCCCAGUGCUGGUCCUGCACAGCCGGCCUCUUUUGGGAAUCUCUGAACCUGCUGGCUAAUGUAGGCCUUUCAGAGUUCCCCAGUAAGAGAAAGGCCUACGCAGGGGCACCCCCCAACCUCAGAAGGAUGGGCCCAGUUACAGAUGCCUCCUGACCACCUCCAACCCCACCCAAGGCCCAGAAGCCAGCCUGCCCUGCUUUCCCCUCCCCUGCCUUCCUAGGCAAGUCCCUUCCGAGUCCUAUCCCCUGCCUCCCUCACCGGAGACGAGACGCAUCUGGGCCCAAGGCGCUGAAAAGACCUCCCAGGGAGAGGUAAGGACCUCCUCCCUGCGUCACCACCCAGGAAGUGUCACCGUGGCAACCGCAGAGGCAAACAAUGCUGCCAAGAAGGACUUCUCUCCAGAGCUGCCCCUCCUGGUUUUCAGACUCAGAAGAAUGGCCAGCAACGUGCAGAGGUCACCCUCAGGGCAGAGUAACCCAUCCCGCGUCAGGGAACCUUUUCUGAAGAUGGUCCGCGCCCGCGAGCCCCUCCCGCCCCGCCGCACGAGGGCCCGGCGCGAGCUCCUCCUGCCCCUCGCGCCCUGCGAGCCGCCCGGCUUCACACCCCAAGCCCGCCGCCAGCUGGCCCCGGAGCUGCCCGCCCGCACGGAGAUGAAGGCCAAGGUGCGCCAGCGAACGGCCUCCCCGUGCGGGGACGAGGCCCCGCACUCCUGGGGCUUCCACACCUGGCUGGACGCGGGGCGCCUGCCCGCCGCCUUCCGCACCAGGCCGGACAGGCCCUACGACAGCAGCGUCUGGCGCUGGCUGACGGACGCCAGGGCCCACGGCCGCCCCCCAGCGGAGGCCCCCGUGCCCCCUCCCUCCUGGAUGGGCCAGAACAGCUUUGUGACCUUCAUCGGCUCCACCCCUAUUUUCCUGGACCCAAACAGGAAGACCCAGGUGAUGCUCUGGACGGUGAAGGAGCUGAGGGAGGUGGAGAAACUCAAGCUGAGGAGUGAGGCAAGGGCGCCUCCCCUCGAUGCCAAUGGCAACAUCCUGCCCCCAAAGACCUUCCAGAAGUACCGGCACAUCUCAGCUGGAGAAAAUUGUGAGCCCCGGGGCCUCCAGCUCAUACCCAACCCACUCCCCAGUGACCUUGCCAGGAGCUGGCCCUGCCCCAACCCACUGCCUCAUUACCAGGAGAAGGCGCUCACGCUGGCCUUGCUGCCCAGUGCGCCUCUGAGCCGGGACCUAGUGAGGAGUUACCAAACCCUGCUCCAGGACCAGGUGGCCUUGCCCCUCCGCCAUCUCUCCAGGGCCCAGCCUGGCAGGACUUGCACAGGAAAGAGGAGACCUGGGCACGUCUAGGAGAGCCUCCAGCCGAUGGAGGGCUGCAGCGGGCACGACCCCUGGGCUCCAGUGUUCUCCCCGAUGCACCUCCAGCAGGAAGCCUCUGCGGGCUGCAGGACUCUGCCUUCUGGGGAACAGAGCCUGUCCACCAUGCCCCCAACUUCAUGUGUACCCCAGGCUCCCAGAGACGCUGCUGAAAGCCUCAGUUGUUCUGUCUUCCUUGGAGGACCCUCUCAUGGCAGGCGGGAGGACUAAGAGUGGUGGGUUCAGCAGGGAGGGCAUGGGGAUCCAGCUCCCAGGGACA